CAAUAUGGAGUGACAUGUACAGGUGGAUGUUCCUUCUGAUGUGGCCUCCCUGGAAAUCCAGGUUUGACUACAUCUGAUUGUCCCAUAACUCCAGAUUAUCGUUUACCCCACUUAUUUUACCAUCUGAGACUGCAAAGUCCUCUUUGCUCCAAGGUAAAGGCCGAUAUACGACCGCAACAGGUUUAAGAACAUUGAGUUAUGGAUUGAAUCAGAAUAUGAAUGUGUGCCCAUCAUCAGCAUUCUAUGUUCUCAUCCAUUCCACAGUUAGUUCAGUAGUGGAACAGGCACUCCGUGUGGGCCCUAACAGGGGGUAAAUUAUAGGCAAGUCAAUGACACAGGAGCUCCAUACAAUAUUUAUGGUGAUCUUAGUUCUUGAGAUUACAUCUGUUAGGGGUGGGGCAGAUAUAACGUUACAAUGCCCAGCUCAUCGGCCCUGUAGAACUGCUUUUGCGUCAUAUAAUCCUGUAAUCCUAAAAUGCCAGGACAGGCCCAAAAACACCUUGAUUUCUUGGCAGUAUCUUGAUGUUUACCAACCCCAUGCCCAGGCUGUGACUUUCAUACAAAGUAACGGUUCAGUUCCACAGAAUAAUGAGCAAGAGCAGUUAAAGGCCCUGGAUUUGAUGUCACGAUCUAAGCUGGUAUCUGGAGAUCUUCAGAUGUUGUCCCCAAGAGUAGAGGACACCGGAGUGUACACCUGUAAGGAUGGGGAGAAACACCUGGCCUAUUAUGAAGUUGAUUUCCAGGAUGUUAAGCACAUUUACAUCUCUCAUGCUAGUCUCAGACAGAGGGUCCAGCCUAACACGACUGUUGACCUUGGAAAUGAAGGAACAAUGAAGAUAUUUACUGUAUGGACCGACUGGCAACCUUGUGACCGCUGUCAAGGUCUUGGCGAAAGAAAGAAAGUAGGUUUUUGCUAUGCAGAAAUGACUAAGGAUUCAGUGGUUUCUGAGGGAUCCACACCAUGUGGCCUUUUAAGGUCCACUCUCAGGCAGGUGCCCUUCCUUCACCCACCUGAACUAAGGAUUGAGAUGUGCAGGAGGCCUUGUGCUGCAAUCCCAUCUAUGGAUAAAGAGAUUCCGUAUCUACACCUGGACAAUUAUCUUACUUAUCUCCAUGCUGACGCCUUGUUUAAAUGUCCUACUGCCUCCAUCUACAGACCCGUGUACUGGGAACAUGGAAAAAAAUCUUUUACGCGCUUACUACAGCUGACUAAGAAGAUGUCGUAUGUUUUGGACGGAACGACUGGAGGUGGGGUCCUGUCUAUUACAUUGCUCAACAAAUCAGACGAGGGAGUCUACAGAUGCUACGUAGAUGGUGUCGAGACUGGGAGGUUCCAGGUGACCUUCCCUGACACCCGGGAUACCGCAGUGCAGCAGUCUUACUCCCUGGUUGAUUAUCUGCUUAUCGGGCUGUUUGUCUUUGUGGUUUUCUUGAUAUUUUUUUCCAUUUUCCUGGUUUGCCUGACCCGUCACGAUUAAC